AUGGGGAAGCUGUUCAAGAAAUUCCGGAUAGAAAAAGCCAACGAAAGAAAAAAGUCUAAAGAAAAACCAAAAAUAAGAAAGACUCAAGAAAUAAAAAGCCAUUUAAAAGAACGCUCGGAAAUAGAAAAGAUAUUUUGGUGUCUCGAUGUUUCCUCAAAAAGAAAAAUAGGAUACAGAAAAAUCAUUGGCCUGGACGAAUCGGAGUUGGAGAGAAAUGUUCUUCUUGUGCUGGAGAAAGUACUAGAGAUAGUAGUAACCUUCGAUCCUGUUGAUGAUCUGUUCUAUUCAGUACUAAAAAGGUUAAUUCAUCUUAAAAAUAGCGCUUCCACACAUUCCACUCUUAUAGAUUACUUUCUUGCGUCCAUUCUUUGCGGAGUUAAUUACGAGAAGUUUGGAUGUUUUCUCUUCAGAUAUUUACCACAGCUUUUAUUAGACAAUAGAGACAGAAUUCUCUCUAAGAUUCCCGACUCCGAAUUGAAAAAGAAAAUAUCUGCACUUAAGCCAAAAAGUAAGUUUUCUACUAUCGAGUAUCGUCAGAGAUUCAUUAUACUAAAGGAUCGGGUACUGGUAAAUAUCGACUAA